AGGUAAGAGUUCAACUCAUUCUGAUAAAGCAGUAUUCAGAAACAUAAUUGAUGGGAGGCUUACAUAAGGUUUGUUUCUGAUUUCGUAAUUGGAAAAGCUGAGAUAGUGAGUCCUGACUGUUGAAGGGUGCACGGUGUGAAUCUGUGUUCAGGCAGGUGUAACUGACAGGUGAUUGCAAAGAUGUCUAAAACUAACAAAUCAAAAUCUGGAUCCCGUUCUUCUCGUUCGAGAUCUGGAUCAAGAUCCCGCUCACGAUCCUUCUCCAAAUCUCGUUCCCGUUCUCGCUCUGUCUCACGAUCAAGAAAGCGCAGGCUUAGUUCUAGGUCUCGCUCAAGGUCAUAUUCUCCAUCUCAUAACAGAGAAAGGAACCAUCCAAGAGUGUAUCAGAAUCGAGAUUUCAGAGGCCAUAAUAGAGGAUACAGGAGACCCUAUUAUUUCCGUGGCCGUAAUCGAGGGUUUUAUCCAUGGAGCCAGUAUAACCGAGGAGGAUAUGGAAAUUACAGGUCAAACUGGCAAAAUUAUCGUCAAGCAUAUAGCCCUCGAAGAGGGAGGUCACGAUCUCGUUCACCCAAGAGAAGGUCUCCUUCACCAAGGUCUAGAAGUCAUUCUAGAAACUCUGAUAAGUCAUCAUCUGAUCGGUCAAGGAGGUCUUCCUCUUCCCGAUCUUCCUCAAAUCACAGCAGAGUUGAGUCUUCCAAGCGUAAGUCUGGAAAAGAGAAAAAGUCAUCUUCCAAGGAUACCCGCGCAUCUCAGGCUACAGGAGAUAAUCAAGGUGAUGAUUCUAAGGAGCAACCAUUUUCAGGAGCAGCAGCUCAAGAUGCCAAGGCAUCUGAGGGAUCAAAACAGUGGCAAGAUGUGACCAGCUAUGGUACAAGUUCAGCAUCAAGAGCUGCUGUGCCUGAGCUUAGCCCAAGGGAACGCAGUCCUGUGCUGAAAAGCCCUCUCCAGUCAGUCGUGGUAAGGCGUCGUUCUCCUCGGCCAAGUCCGCUGCAAAAGUCAAGCCCUCCGCUAUCCAGCCAGUCACAGCUGAGCUCUGUUUUACCAAGCAGCACCUCCUUUCAGGCAGGUUCUCAUCAGAGUCCAUUUGAUCAUGGCUCUGGAGGUUUGAGCCCAACAAGGAAGAGCCCUGUGUGCAAAAGUCCAACACCAAUCAGUUCAAUUUACGGCACAUCUCAGAAGGAGGAAACAACAGCUCCCGGAGGAGGAGCCUUCUCCAAAAGGUAUCUGGAAGAGCAGAAGACUGAGAAUGGGAAAGACAAGGAACAGAAAAUAACAAAUGCUGAAAAAGAAAAAUCAAAAGAAAAAGGGAGUUUCUCUGAGUUGGGAUCAACAGAUGGAAAGAUAAAAUCUGACUCAUAUGCCUCCAAAACUGACUCCGAAAAGGGAUACCGUGGUAGUCAGUCGCCCAAACGCUAUAAGUUCCGUGAUGACUUUGAGAAGGUAAAGAUGUCGGAGUUCCACAAGGAAAGUCAUUACAGCAAAGAGGAAGCAGAUGAGCAGGAGAAGAAAGACAAGGCAAAGGGCCGAAAAGAUUCAGAAUUUGAUGAUGAGCCCAAAUUUAUGUCUAAAGUGGUGGCAACAACUAGUAAAGGUCAGGAUGAAGAUAGGCCAGGAAAAUGGGAAGGCCUAGUUUUCCUACCACCUGGAAAAGAGAAGCAAAAGAAAGCUGAUGAAGCAGAGGAAGAAAACUAUUCUGAAAGAUCUAAAAAAGAAGAGAGACCAGCAUCCAAGCGAGCUGAACCAGGUCACAGGGGAUUUGUUCCUGAAAAGAAUUUUAGAGUGACCACUUACAAAGCAAGCCAGGAAAAAAGUUCUUCCCCCCCACAAAGGAAGACUUCAGAGGUAAAGGAGAAACCAGGAGCCAAAGGAGAUGGGCUUGCUCCUGGCAAAUCCUCCUUUUCCAUUACCCAGGAGGCCCAAGUCAAUAUCCGAAUGGAUUCGUUUGAUGAAGAUCUUGCACGUCCAAGUGGCAUACUGGCUCAGGAGCGGAAGCUGUGUCGUGACCUUGUGCACAGCAACAAAAAAGAGCAAGAAUUUCGUUCUAUUUUCCAUCAUAUUCAGUCAGCUCAGUCUCAACGAAGUCCUUCUGAACUGUUUGCUCAACAUAUAGUGACUAUAGUCCAUCAUGUAAGAGAACAUCACUUUGGGUCUUCAGGAAUGACACUGAAUGAGCGCUUUACAAAAUACCUAAAGAAAGGAAUGGAACAAGAUGCAGCUAAAAACAAAAAGAGCCCUGAAAUCCACAGGAGAAUAGAUAUUUCUCCCAGUACUUUUAGAAAACAUGGAUUCUCUCAAGAGGAAACGAAAACUUCCAGAGAUCCUGGCUUCAAGGCUGAAGGGAAAUAUAAAGAUGACCCUGUUGACCUGCGCCUUGAUAUUGAACGCCGUAAAAAACAUAAGGAAAGAGAUCUUAAACGUGAUAAAUCAAGAGAAUCGGUGGACUCGAGAGAUUCAAGUCACUCAAGGGAAAGAUCAGCUGAGAAAACUGAGAAAACUCACAAAAGCUCAAAGAAAAAGAAACACCGAAGGGUGCGUGAGAGAUCCAGAUCCAGUUCGUCAUCUUCACGGUCCUCCCAUUCGUUGAAAGCAGAGGAAUACACUGAAGAAACUGAGGAGCGGGAGGAAAGCACCACGGGUUUUGACAAGUCCCGACUUGGGACUAAAGAAUUCACUGGUCCAAACGAGAGAGGAAGAGCUAGAGGGACCUUCCAGUUUAGAGCCAGGGGGAGAGGCUGGGGCAGAGGCAACUUCUCAGGCAACAACAACAGCAGUGGUGGUGGCAACAAUGACUUUCAGAAGCGAACCAGAGAUGAGGAGUGGGAUCCAGAGUACACACCCAAGAGCAAGAAGUACUACUUGCACGAUGACCGAGAGGGCGAAGGUGCUGAAAAGUGGGUGAAUAGAGGCCGUGGUCGGGGAGCUUUCCCCAGAGGAAGAGGUCGCUUCAUGUUCCGAAAAUCAAGCACCAGCCCCAAGUGGGCCCAUGACAAAUUCAGUGGGGAAGAAGGAGAAAUUGAAGAUGACGAAAGCGGAACAGAAAACCGAGAGGAAAAGGACAACUUGCCAUCAGCUGCCGAGUAGCCGCAGCAGCUGCGGGUUUCCCGA